AUGGGUGUGAUGAUACUGGUAUUGUUACUAUGCUUUGCUAUAGCUUGCUCCCAACAGAUUGAUAUGAUAGAAGAGGAGAAACGAGCUCUGUUUCAGACCAAAUGGUGGGAUUUUAGCAAUAACUUCUCGGAUGACUCUUGUAACUGGGAAGGCAUAUAUUGCAAUGAAUUUGGAAGUGUUAUUGAGAUGAGUCAACCAAUGAUCACUCCAAAGGACCCUCGACUAGUAGAUCUAAACCUCACAGCAUUUCCCAACCUACAACAUUUGGGUCUUCGUGAAAUGGGUUUGAUAGGUACCAUUCCAACUCAAAUUGGAGCUCUUCAUAAUCUUACCCAUUUGGACUUGUCUAACAACAAUCUUAAUGGUACCAUUCCAACUCAAAUUGGAGCUCUUCAUAAUCUUACCCAUUUGGACUUGUCUAACAACAAUCUUAAUGGUACCAUUGCAACUCAAAUUGGAGCUCUUCAUAAUCUUACCCAUUUGGACUUGUCUAACAACAAUCUUAAUGGUACCAUUCCAACUCAAAUUGGGGCUCUUCAUUAUCUUACCAAUUUGGACUUGUCUACCAAUAAUUUUGAUGAGUAA